GCGUCCCCAGCGAUGGACGAUGCUUCUCCGCCGAUUGCAAGACUGAAGCACAGCAUUACAGUCGACAGAUCGCUGCUCAAAGAUGUCGCAUCCGUCUUGCUCCAUUCGAUACUGUUCCUACGCUGCUUUGGCAAUACGCAUCCCCGGACGAUUGACCUGCUCGGCCUGAGCUUUUCGGCCAUACAGGAUGCAGAACUAGAAGCUGUUGUGCAGGCCAAAGCACAGAGUAUCUCCCGCGCCGCGGAGCAGCAUCAUCUCGGUCCCUCAUUGGGUCGACAGGCCUCUCACCCGGCCUUGCAGACAUUGCGAGUCAACUUGGCCUUCAAUGAGCGGACGACUAUCAAAGUAUGGUACGGCAGCAAGGAGGCGGAUGUGCCGUUCGAACGCUGGUCGAUAGAGCUCAGCAUCGAAACGGGACUCACCGAAAGAGAGCGCAACAAGAUCGAAGCAAAGACUCGCAGGGAUCUUCGUCAGUUCAUCUUCAAAUCAGUGACAUUCGCGCAGACGGGUAGAGAACGCUUGCCGGCCAUUAAAUCGUCAGAUCUGGUGUGCUACCCGUGGUCGAUGUCCCUUGCGAGCGCAGAGGGUCCGCUGGACGAUACGCCAUCCGAUAAGACUGCUGCUAUUGACGAAGGACCGGGUAGAAGGGCAGGCAUGUUAUCAGGUGCUAUGUGGUAGUGAAUGUGUUGUGACAAGUG